GGAGCGAGCAACGUGCAGCAGGCUCGGCGGCGGCGGCGGCUUUUUUUCCUCUUUCUAAGCACCGCCGCAUUGCCCGGAUGUGAAUGGAUUACAAUGUUGCAUCUCGCAGGGAAACGUUUUGCUAUCCAUUUCUCCGCGGGGGAGUCAGUGGUGGGGAUGAGGAUGAGGAUGCUGAGGAGGAGGAGAGAGCUGUAAAGUCGGAACAAGUUUAAGACUUUUUUUUGGGGGGGACGUUAAUUUUAAGGGGGGAAAGCAAAAACCAGAAAAGACAGAGGGGGGCAAAUCGCUCUGCCACCGAGAUUUUUUGUUUCUGCAAACUAGUUUAUUUGCAGCCAUGUGUUCGUGACGGGGAAAGUUAUCGGAGCUUCCUUUUGCGUUGCAGUUUUUGCUGUGAUUUCCCCAUCCGUCCUUUUCGGCUGCCUUUUGCAUUUCGCGUUGUUUGGGUGGGAAGGACUUCUUCUUCUUUUUUUUUUUAAUGGCUUAAUGGUGGAUCAUCCCAAACAAAGCAAAACUCCUUUCUCGGUGUAAAACUGAUUUAAAGGUGUGGAAUAUUCUCUGGAGCAAGACUGUGCGCGAGUUUAAAAAAAAAAAGUACUUUUCGGAGGGUUAAACACACGUGAGGCAAAAACAAACAAACAACCCAAGCACCUUUUUUUGCAGAAGAGCUGUGUCAUUUCUUCCCCUAAAAUUCCUUUCCUUGGAAUAUUGUGAACAUAUUUGAGGCCAUUUAAGGUUUGUGUGAUUUUGCUAAAAUGCACCACCAACAGCGAAUGGCUGCCUUAGGGACGGACAAAGAACUCAGUGAUUUACUGGAUUUCAGUGCGAUGUUUUCACCUCCUGUAAGCAGCGGAAAAAAUGGACCAACUUCUUUGGCAAGUGGACAUUUUACUGGCUCAAAUGUAGAAGACAGAACUAGCUCAGGGUCCUGGGGGAAUGGAGGACAUCCUAGCCCAUCCAGGAACUAUGGAGAUGGAACUCCGUAUGAACAUAUGACUAACAGGGACCUUGGAUCACAUGACAAUCUAUCUCCUCCUUUUGUGAAUUCCAGAAUACAAAAUAAAGCAGAAAGGGGCUCCUAUUCAUCAUACGGGAGAGACUCAAACUUACAGGGUUGUCACCAGCAAAGUCUCCUCGGAGGUGACAUGGAAAUGGGCAACCCCGGAGCUCUCUCGCCCACCAAACCUGGCUCUCAGUACUAUCAGUAUUCUAGCAAUAAUCCGCGAAGGAGGCCUCUGCACAGUACCUCUGUGGAAGUACAGACAAAGAAAGUUCGAAAGGUUCCUCCAGGUUUACCAUCUUCAGUUUAUGCCCCUUCUGCAAGCACUGCCGACUACAAUCGAGAUUCACCAGGCUAUCCAUCCUCAAAACCAGCAGCCAGCACUUUUCCUAGUUCCUUCUUCAUGCAAGACGGUCAUCACAGCAGUGAUCCGUGGAGCUCCUCCAGUGGGAUGAAUCAGCCUAGUUAUGGCGGGAUGUUGGGCAAUUCUUCUCAUAUUCCACAAUCCAGUAGCUACUGCAGUCUUCAUCCUCACGACCGCUUGAGCUACCCAUCACACUCCUCAGCAGACAUCAAUUCCAGUCUUCCUCCAAUGUCCACGUUCCACCGCAGUGGCACGUCCCAUUACAACACUUCUUCCUGUACACCACCUGCAAACGGAACAGAUAGCAUCAUGGCAAACAGAGGAAGCGGAGCUGCAGGAAGUUCACAGACAGGCGACGCACUGGGGAAAGCACUUGCAUCUCAAAGCCGGAUCGAAGACCGCUUGGAACGACUGGAUGACGCUAUUCAUGUUCUCCGGAACCAUGCGGUGGGGCCUUCAACUGCCAUGCCUGGUAGUCAUAGCGACAUGCAUGGAUUAAUAGGGCCCUCUCAUAAUGGAGCCAUGGGAGGUCUUGGAUCAGGAUAUGGGACAGGCCUACUUUCAGCCAAUAGGCAUUCGCUAAUGGUUGGGGCUCACCGUGAGGAUGCAGUUGGUCUCCGCGGCAGCCAUUCGCUCGUGCCAAACCAGGUUCCCGUUCCACAGUUGCCAGUGCAGUCUGCUACGUCCCCUGACUUAAACCCACCUCAAGAUCCAUACAGAGGAAUGCCAACUGGACUCCAAGGACAAAGCGUGUCUUCAGGCAGCUCCGAAAUAAAAUCUGAUGAUGAAGGAGACGAAAACCUCCAGGACGCAAAAUCUUCCGACGACAAGAAGUUAGACGACGACAAGAAGGAUAUCAAAUCAAUUACUAGGUCAAGAUCUAGCAAUAAUGACGACGAAGAUCUCACACCAGAGCAAAAGGCAGAACGUGAGAAAGAGCGGAGGAUGGCCAACAAUGCCCGAGAGCGCCUCCGUGUCCGUGACAUCAACGAGGCCUUCAAGGAGCUGGGCCGGAUGGUGCAGCUCCACCUGAAGAGUGACAAGCCACAGACCAAACUCCUGAUCUUACAUCAAGCCGUAGCUGUUAUUCUCAGCUUAGAGCAGCAAGUCAGAGAAAGGAAUCUGAAUCCUAAAGCAGCAUGUCUGAAAAGAAGGGAAGAAGAGAAAGUAUCUUCGGACCCUCCUCCGCUUUCUUUGGCAGGACCCCACCCCGGAAUGGGAGACACAUCUAAUCACAUGGGACAGAUGUAAAAAAAAAAAAAGGUCCAAGUUGCCACAUUUUCUUCAUGUAAACCAGAGACCACUUCCUUAACAGCUGUAUUAUCUUAAACCCGCAUAAACACUUAACCCCCCUUUUUUGUAAUAUAAUAAGACAAGUCUGAGUAGUUACGAAUCACAGACGCACGAGAUUUCAGCAUUCCCGAUUCCGAAACGAAAAGGAAAAGUGCAACUUGAGAGACGCGCCUCUCUUCCAACAUAUCAUUCAGAAUGUUUCGAGCAGUCCGUCAGAUCCUGUAAAAAUGCACAGCCAAGAGACUGAAUGGCAAUCUUCUCCACACUGUGGGACAAUGCAUUUGUGCCUAAACUUCUUUUGGAAAAAAAAAAUAAUUAAUUUGUAAGUCUGAAAAAAAAAUAUUUAAUUUAAAAAAAAAUUGUAAACUUGCAAUAAUGAAAAGUGUACUUCUGAAGAAAAAAAAAUGAACGUUUUUGUUGGUGUACUAGUCCACUAGUGUUUAUACUUACUGGAUAUUAAAAAGGGAAGCGUUGCUGCCCACAUAUUUACAAAACCAGCAAAUGUCCUAAUGAAAACUGAAGUGAUGACAUUAGCCAUUCCUUAGGGUAGGAGGAACAGAUGGAUCUUAUAGACCUAUGACACACACACAUAUAUAUAUAAAUAUAUAUAUAUAUAAAUAUAUAUUAAAAUUAGUGAAUAUGGUAAGCCUUUGUUCAUUGGUUUCAGACUUUUUUGCUCCUGUAAAAAAAAAAAAGGACUGAUUAACUUUUUUAAAGAAAGAUUUUACUGUAAAUAGGGAUUUUUGGUCUUAUUUCUCUCCCGCUCCCUUCCUUUUGUUCUUACUGUAACCUGUAGUGCCAACUCUGUUGCUGGAGGGGCAGAGCAGGAUGAAGCAGUGGCCCUGGUGUUGCUUAUCAUUCAUAAAUAAGUAGAGAGUUGUUUCUUCGGUCUUUUGGGGAGAAUACAGGAACUGACCAGUCACGUCACGUGCAGAGAAACUGCAGACAACCUCGCUGGGAGUUGGUCCAGAUUGUCUCGGGGGCCGGGCUUGCAAGCGUCGCUCUCAUUUAAGACCCCGUUUCUGGGAUUUUUUUUUUCAGAGGUACAAGGUUAGAAUGCUACAAUGUUACCACUGUGCCUUCCAAUGUUUAUAUCAUCAGAAACAUAACAUAAUCCAAGGUGGCUGUGAAUUAACAAACCAGUAGAAGUGUUAACUUAAUGUGUGUAGCCUAUAUACAGUAUGCAGUGAGGCGUUUCAGAAUACGUGGUCAGAUUCGGGAGAGGGAGAAGGGUUUCAAAUGGGGAAAAAUUGCAAGUUGUGUGACAGAUUUUGAUUUUUUUUUUAAAUUGUGGAUUGCUGAAAAGUCGAACCAUUUGCUGCCUACUCCUUCAUUCAUGAAAAAAAAAUGCCAAUCUCAAUCGUCAUGAAGCGUUAGAACAAGCCUUACACGUUCUAAAGCAUUAAGUUGCACUUUCUUGAGGAGGGGGAGUAGAACAGUAUUUCUCUGGCCAGUGUGAAUCAAGUUUUUACUUAACAUAUACAAAGUAGUAGGCAUUGAUCAAACCUAUGGCACAGGUCAACCCAUCCAGAAACUAGCUUUGAAAUACAGGCUCAGCGGAACCAGUAUCCAUAAUAAUUCCUCUAAACAAUCAACUCUGGUGUAUAGAAUAAUUUAACAAAUCGUGCUCCCGGUUAAGCCUUUUGUCAACAUCCGUUUUGUCUCUGAUUCCCGCUUCUAGUUUUUCUUUCUUUCUUUCUUUCUUUUUUUAUAGCCACACAAACUUGGCAUGUAUUUUUAAAUGAAAUCUCCCCGUUUGAGUAGAUUUUUUUUUCCCGCCUAUCAGCACUGAGUAAAUGCCAUAAGUCCAUUGAAAACGGUCUAGACGUUCCAUCUGUUCUCCUGUUUUGCCAGUUACAUAGUAAUGAAAAAAAAAUACAUUUGUAAAUUUUAUGCAACAAAAUGGCAAAUGUAUCAUUAUUUUGAAAUUGUGUAUGUAAAAGUUAUAUUUUUACAUGUAGACUCUUGUUAUUAUGUGUUUUAAUACAUUGUAUCGGUUUUUUUGUUUGUUUUUUUAACUUGUGGUUGAAACAAAAUCUCAAUUUAAAUGAAAUAGUGAGAUACAAGAAUCUGAAUUUUAUGUUUCUGAAAAACAUAAAGAACAAAUAUGAUAGUUUACCAUGUGAACCACCUUCUGCAUAUCCAUAAACAUUUUGAUUAGCUGUGUGUGUGUGUGUGUUGAAAAUUGUAAAUAUGUUCAGUAGCAGUAAACUUAAAUGCUUUUUUAAAAAAAAAAUUGUUAAUAAAUUUCUGAAAUGUGGAGGUGGAUUAAAACCAUUAUGAAUAAAUUCACAACAGGGCAGAGUUCAUGUUAGUUUAAGCGAGAACAAAUGUGUAUUCCACUGCAGAGCCUAUAACUUUCAACAGUCAUUUAGUUAAAAAUGUGUAUUAAUAUUCACAACUGACUAAAGGAUUCUCCCGUUCCCAAACAUAUUAUUAUUUCUUAGCAUUUAAAAACAUCCUAAAAAGUUGUUUGGAAAUUCAGAUUGUGUGCUCACACUAUGAACAAGCCUGGCCAAGUCUACGUCCUCUGCCAUUUAUGUAUGAUAAUGUCAAGAUACUACUUCCAUGGCUGGAAUCAACUGGUUGGUGUAGGUUUUUCAGACUGCGUGGCUGUGGUCUGGUGGUUUUAGCUCCCAGGUUUUGCUCGCUGGUAUCAUUAGAGGCGUCUUACUGUAAAAGGUAAAAAAGAGAGAGAAACACAUCUUACCAUGAUAUGCCACUGAAGAUGCCAACCAUGGGGGUGGACAAAACUUUAGGAGCUAAAACCAUCAGACCACACCUACACAGCCCAGAAAAACCACAACUGCCGAUAAUAUCAAGGCUUCAACAAACCGACUGAAUUGUUAAGGGUUUAAUGUUGCCCAAGAGAUUUUAAAAGAUGACGUUCCGAUACGUGGAAAUCAGAAAACUAUAAUAUGAAGAUAAUUGACAAGGAGUGAAUGCGAAUCCAAGCAAGCACGGAUGUCCUUUAGUAGUCCACCAUCUGGAGAUAACCAAUUCUUUAAAGGUGCCACACUCGAAGAUCAGUCUCACGCAACCAUGGUGAUGAAAGCUUGUGGACAGAGCAUGACUCUAAGUGAUUUUGAUCUUCAUAGAUCCAAGACAAGGCUAUGUAUCCCAUGGUAAUCUUUGUGAGUGUGAAUUGACAAAUGGUUUUUGUUCCAUAGUGGAAUUUAAACUUGAAAACUGACCCAUUGGUUGCGCUGCUGGUUGGUUGGUUGAUUGGUUGGUAGGCUGUCUUGUUUUUUACUGCACGAAUGCAGCAAAGUCAAUUCUGUCUCAGUCAUUAAAGACAGCUCUCCUUUUCAUGCCCAUAUGAUCAGUGGUACUUGUUGCUCUUUAGAAAUGGUGGUGUAUUGACCUUAAUGUUCUAGUCUUGGGUGGUAACGAACAGUGUCAGAAUCUCCUUGGUGGAAAACUAUCCAGUGUUUUAGUGAGUGAUCCACCUCCACAUUCAAGUUAUUUAUGAAUAUGCUCAUUAGGGAAAUCUGUUCAUCUAAAACUUUCUUUUCUUUUCUUUUUACAUUUGUCUUAUGUGUAGCUGCAAGGAACACUAAUGUUUAUACAACUGUCAGUUCUACCAGUAAUGCAACUUUGUACCGAUGCAGUCUUCCGAUUUUGUUUUGUUUGUUGAUUUCAUUUCAGGGGGCGGGAAGGGAGGGCGGAGCGGGGCGGAAUUUGUGAGUUUCAGCUUUUCUCUCUCUGGUGGGCACGGCUCGAUCUGUGCCGAAGAGCGAACAAUGCAGUACCUUGCCAGGAAUGAAGAGAAUUCAUCGGGGAAGGAAAAAGCACAAAUAAAUUAAACUUAGUCCACUAAAUGACUUUGAGGGGGAGGGGGGAAACAGUUGGCAUAAAAAUGGAAUAGGAUGGAUUCCAAUACAGUGGGGCACCAAGACCUUUUCGGCUUCUUGUUUUGUUUUCAUUUCAUUUUUUUAAAGAUAUGCUUUUCUCAUGGGACUUGAAGUUUAUUCACCUUUGUGCAGUGCUGGUUUGACCAUACUCAUUUCAAGUAUUAUAGACUUAUGUAAUGGUGAAAAUAUAUGAACUGUGGCCUUUUUCAUUCUUGUUACUUGUGAUGCAACUAAGUGAAGAUAAGGAAAAAAAGCAGAGAUUUACCAUGUAUCAGUGCCUGGCAUUUUGUUACAAAGCUUCGUUUGUCUAGUGACCUUUUUGCUAUAAAAUAGACUGUAGUACACCCUAGUAGGAUAAAAGAAAACCCUAAAUUUAAAAAUAAAAAAAAUAUAUUUGGCUUAUUUUUCACAGGAGCAAUCCUUUUAUACCAUGAAUAUUGCAAGGGGGGGGAGGGCGGGGGGAUUGUCAGAUUAUGAAUAUUUCUUCUUUGUAGAUUUUUGGAAUCAUUCUGAGUAAAAGUUUGUUACUUUAUUUUACUAUUUAAAAGAUGUUAUUUUACCAUGCGUCACCAAGAUGAAAUUGUACGGUAGCUUCUUGUUAUUUUUUUUUCCCCCUUCUUCUCCUCCUUUAGUUGUAGGUUGCAGCGGGGAAAAAAUUUUGCGACUGUACACAUAGCUGCAACAGUUUAAAAAAAAGAAAAAAGAAAAAAAGGGAAAAAUUACAAAAGGGACAAAAAAGAGGAAAAAAAAGAUUUUAAAAAAAACAGUUACACUUUGUUUUCAACGUGUGGCUGAGUGCCUCAAUUUUUUUCCAUGUUUUUUGGUGUAUUUCUGAUUUGUAGAAGUGUCCAAACAGGUUGUGUGCCGGAGUUCCUUCGAAAAGAACACACAGCUUGGUGUAGGCCAUUACUUGUUUCCCAUCUGUAGUUAUUCGAUGCUGUCAUGUACAUGACCGUUCUGUAGCAAUAAAUGUGCCAUUUUUAUAAAA